AUGGCGGCGGAGGGCGCCGGCGGCCGGGGAGGACGAGCCGCGCGAUACCCGCCUCUGUCGGCGCUCGUCGCCUCCGCCAUCGCCGCCUCCUCCGCCGUCAUCGUCCUCGCCGUCGUCCACUCGGCGUACGACGACGCGGUGUCGCGGACGCGGACGUUGCUGGGCCACAACCUGGAGCCGACGCCGUGGCACCCGUUCCCGCACGCCAAGGGCCGCCCCCCGGCGCGCGCCGCGCUGCGGUGCGCGCCCUCCAUAGCCUGUCUGCCACCUCUCUCGCGGCCUCGUCCGCCACCGGAGCCAGCGAACGCGUCGUCGUCCUCGUCGUUGUCGUCGCGCGGUAACAACAACAACAAACAGUGCCCGGCCUACUUCGCGGCGAUCCACCGGGACCUGGCGCCGUGGCGCGGGGCGGGGCGGGGCGUGACGCGCGCGCUGCUGGACGCGGCGCGGCGGCGCGCGUCCAUGCGCGUCACCAUCACCGGCGGAGGCCGCCGGCUGCACGUCGACCUCUACUACGCGUGCGUGCAGAGUCGGGCGCUCUUCACGGUGUGGAGCCUGCUGCAGCUGAUGCGGCGGUACCCCGGGCGCGUCCCCGACGUCGACCUCAUGUUCGACUGCAUGGACCGCCCCGCCAUCAACCGCACCGAGCACGGCGGCGACGCCGCGCCCCCGCCGCCGCCGCUCUUCCGCUACUGCACCACCAGGGACCACUUCGACAUCCCCUUCCCUGAUUGGUCCUUCUGGGGCUGGCCGGAGACGAACAUCGAGCCAUGGAACAGGGAGUUCAAGAGCAUCAAGUCCGGCGCUCGGGCGACGAGAUGGGCGGACAGGGUGCCGACGGCGUACUGGAAGGGGAACCCGGACGUGGCGUCGCCGCUGCGGGUGGCGCUGCUGGGGUGCAACGACACGGCGCUCUGGCGCGCCGAGAUCAUGCGGCAGAACUGGGACGACGAGGCCAAGUCGGGGUACCAGCACUCGAGGCUCUCCUCGCAGUGCACGCACCGGUACAAGAUCUACGCGGAGGGGUUCGCGUGGUCGGUCAGCCUCAAGUACAUCCUGUCGUGCGGAUCCAUGGCGCUGCUGAUCGAGCCGCGGUACCAGGACUUCUUCAGCCGGGGCCUGGAGCCCCGGGUGAACUACUGGCCGGUGACGGAGAUGGGCAUGUGCGAGUCCAUCAGGGACGCCGUCGACUGGGGCAACGCCAACCCCGGCGAGGCCGAGCGCGUCGGCCGGCGCGGCCAGCGGCUCGUGCAGGGCCUCCGCAUGCACGCCGUCUACGACUACAUGCUGCACCUGCUCACCGAGUACGCAAGCCUCAUGGACUUCCGCCCCGUGGCGCCGCCGUCGCCUGACGCGCACGAGGCGUGCGAGGCGUCGCUGCUCUGCCUCGCCGACGACAAGCAGCGCAGGUUCCUCGAGGCGUCCAGGGCGGAGCCCGCGGCGGACGAACCCUGCGUGCUGCCGCCCCCGCCGGCGGCGGCGUGA